CGCUCGCUGCCCCCCUGUUCUCCAGCCUCGACGCUGUCUUCAACAUCGUCGUCGCCGUCCUCUCUCCUCCCAGCGCUGCAGUGCCUUUCGCUCGGCUCCAAUGCCUCUGCCACAGCAGCAGCCACAACGCCAGCCCCGUCGUCGCGUCGACACAUGCACACGACCCGGUCCAACCAGUGGUUCUGGAACCGCAACAAGAAGGACGCCAACGCCAGCCCCGAGUCGUCGAUCGAGAAGCAGAUCGGCGGCACCCGCGACGUGCGCAAGAAGCUGAUGGAGCGCCUGUCGACGCGGCUCGAGGGCCCGUCCAUCUUCGAGGACGAGGCCAAGGCCACCGGCGACGCUGCCAGCGAGGCCGCCGACGCACACCUCGAGGGGCCCGAAAAAGCCGACGCGAAGCGACAGCGUAGGGCGCCCGGCGCCUACACCAAGGCCGGCGCGUCACUGGUCAAGGAGCACCUGUCGCGGGCCGUCGAUCCGGACCCGCGCAGCAGGGUGCGGUGGGAGCGCAAGAUGGUGAUGCGGGCGGUGCGCAACGGCACGAACCCGUUCAGCAAGGAGCCGCGGAAGCUGCGCAUCGCGCGGACGGAGCGCGAGGUGUCGAGCAAGUCGCCGUGGCUGGCGACGAGCGUCAAGAAGCUGGUGCACCUGUCGCGGCAGAUCGCCGGCAAGCCGCUCGACGAGGCGCUGGUGCAGAUGCGGUACAGCAACAAGAAGAUGGCGCGCGAGGUCAAGGUCCAGCUCGAGCUGGCCCGCGACCUGGCCAUCGCCGAGCGCGGCAUGGGCCUCGGUGAGAUCAACGGCGAGGUCCUGCACCCCAGCCAGGCCAUCAAGAUCCAGACCAAGAAAGGCAAGCACGUCGAGAUCACCGACCCCACCCGCAUGUACGUGGCCGAGUCGUGGGUCAACCGUGGCCCAUGGCGAGCAAAGGUCCCCUCGUACCGCGCCCGAGGUAACAUCCACAUGCUCAUGAAGCCUUCGACGAGCAUCUCCAUCGUUCUCAAGGAAGAAAAGACCAGGAUACGCGAGCACCAGGAACGCGUGGCUAAGAAGCAGCGCCAGCGGGUCUGGGUCCAUCUUCCCGACAGACCCAUCACGGCGCAGAGGCCGUACUACUCCUGGUAGACGGACGAGG